UACGUUCCAAUAUGAUCAGUGUCCGUUUAGGAAAUCAGUCUAGUGAAAAUGACGAUCUUCAUAGGGACAGCGCUUUCUACGAUCAUAGUUUUAGUUUGUUGUCGUGAAUUAAAUGCUGUUGGAGGCUACGUAGAAGGUUCGUCUCAGCCACAUUGGUACAAGGAUUAUCUUAACGCUAGAAAACAACAAUUAGAACCACUAACUAUCGAUUGUAUAUUGACACAAGUUCAGGUUCCUCUAACAAGAAAAAAUGGUGUAAUUGAACCGCAAGAUUGUAUCCCCUUAGGCGUUCAACCCAAUUACAUUCCGGAUCAUCAAUAUCGUCGUGAAAACAACUUUGCCACCCGUGCUUGUAUUGUCAAUCACAUAACAUGCGUUUUAUAUAUAGCUGAAAAUGGAACAGUUUUGGGAGCAAAGCUUCCACCCCCGCCGGGCAAAAAAUUUCGGACAGGUGAUCCAGCCCGUUUAUGUCCUGACGCGUCGACGUCGUAUAUUACUUGUUGGGGAAAAGAUUUUGAGGUGAAGGAAAAUCCUGAAACAAAAAAUGCAGAAGCAAUAAGACUUAUCCCUCAUAAUUGGCUUCUACAUCAAAAUAAUGGAGUAAAUGAUAUUGUUCGUACUACCAAGUUAUCUUGUUUUGGCGUACACAUGAUUGUGCAUAAAACUACUCAUGGCACCAUUGCGGGAGUUGAGUUCGACCCUCGUCCGCCACGACAACCACAAUAAACAAUGCAAAAAUUUAUAAAUUAUGUAAUAUUUUUGAGUUGCUAAUUUCCGAAUCAAAUUCUAAUAACUUAAACAUUAUCUUACUUAAUUAUUCUAUAAUGGUAAGUUUGUUAAAAACUGAAAGUAAAUUUUAACCAGUA